AUGGUUGUAGACGAACUUCUUUUCACACUGAACAGCCAAGGCUUUAAUACGCAAGGCUACGCAGAUGAGCUGGUAAUCUGCAUAACAGGGCUUCAUGACGAAACUAUCACCAACCGCAUGCAACAAGCCCUACGCAUCACACACAAAUGGUUUGAGGAUAAAGGCCUAACCAUCAAUCCUACAAAGACUAUUAUUGUUCCAUUCACUCGAAGGAGGAAAUUAUCUACUACUAAACUCACUUUGAGCGGCACAGAAAUAGAAUUUUCCAGUGAAGCUAAAUAUCUGGGAGUAACUCUUGAUAAAACACUUAACUGGAAUGCACAUUUGGACACUGUUAUCAACAAGGCGAUGAAGGCCUUCUUUGCCUGUUCACGACUUUUUGGUAAAACAUGGGGCCUUACCCCCAAAAUGACCUACUGGUCAUUCAACACUGUCGUUAAGCCAAUAGUAACCUAUGCUUCCUUAGCAUGGUGGACUAAGGCUACACAAAGAGGUGCAAGCACUAAGCUAAGUAAAUUGCACAGAAUAGUUUGCAUUGGCAUAACAGGAGCUAUGAAGACCUGCCCGGCCGAUGCACUCAGCGCCCUGGUUGGAAUACCUAUUUUAAUAGAAAGGGAGGCUACCACAGCGGUACUGAGAAUCCUGAACACCUCCGACCUGAAAAUCGGAGAUAUGACGGGUCACAUGAAGGUCCUAAUGAAAUUCGCUAAUGACCCCAUACUACAAAUGCGCGAUGCAAUGGUUCCAAAACUAGAAAUCUCUAGGAAAUUUGAGGUACACAUUGCAGAUCGAGCUCUCUGGAAUACAGGGAACCCAUACACCAAACCUAAUGGGGAGGUUUGGUAUACUGAUGGAUCUAAGCUUGAAAAUGGUAGAACGGGGGCUGGCAUUUUUGGGCCGAACUUUAAAAAAAUGAUACCAAUGGGUAGCUACCCCACCAUCUUUCAGGCGGAGAUUCAUGCAAUAGAAAUUUGUGGCAGAGAAUGUCUUAGAAGGGGAACGUCAUCGAAAUAUAUCUGCAUUAUGUCGGACAGUCAGGCAGCCCUACUGGCCCUGAAGUCCCACAAAAUAAGUUCUCAGCUAGUACAUGAUUGCCGCAAUGUCCUAAAUGCUCUUGGUGACAAGAAUACAGUCUUAUUAGGAUGGGUACAAGGGCAUAAGGGACAUGAUGGCAAUGAGGAGGCUGACUGCCUAGCGAAACAGGGAGCUGCCGCAGUAUUUUAUGGUCCGGAACCCUUUUGUGGGCUCACCAAAGCACAUAUAAAGCGGACCAUAAAUAACUGGGUAGACAAAAUGUUCAACAGGCAUUGGAUGGAAUGUCCAGGGCAAAGACAAGCCAAACGAUUUAUCUGUCCUUCAAACGAAGUUUCAAAGAAACUAAUCAAUUUAGGCAGAGAGGACCUCAAAACUCUCACUGGGUACUACACGGGACACUGUUCUCUUCGUUACCACCUCAGUAAAAUCAAUCUUUCAGAAACAAGCGUCUGUCGCGUCUGUGAGCUGGACGAAGAAACGCCAGAAGACAUUCUCUGUGAAUGUGAUGCUCUCGCUAGGCGCAGACUAGCCCACUUUGGUGGCGCUACCCUUAAACCAUUUGAAAUUUGGAACAAAACGCCCUUGGAGGUGCUAGGCUACAUUAAAAGCCUUCCCAUAUAG